AUGGAUAAGUCAACGACGGCAACGGAAGAGAAAAAAGAAUUUCCCCAAAUCAUAUAUUUAACAGAAUAUAGAAUUAUUAUCCUGUCCAUAUUAAUCCCAUUUUCAAUAAUUGGAGUAUUAAUUCGUAUCGGAUUAAAUAAACUUCAUCAAUAUCCUGGUGCUCCAGUAGAUUAUUUAGUUUAUCCUCAAUUUGUGGGAUGUGUAAUUAUGGGUUUUUGUUUAGAACGAAAAGAUUUUAUUAUGGAAAGUUACCUUCCUUUAUAUAUCGGAUUAAAAACGGGACUUUGUGCAAAAAUAGGAAUAAUUAUAGGAAUGUCAAUAAUAGGAUUAAAAUUUGGUGAACAUUUUGCUGAUUUAAUAAUGCCUAAUCAAAAGGCUCCGGCGGGAUUAAAACAGCAAAUCAUUUUAAAAUCUCCUAAAUUUAAAGAUUUAUUAUUUUUGGAUUGGAUUUGCUUAUUUUUUGGUAUAAGUUCUAUGAUUUUGGUUAUAUUUUUGGCUACUUUUAUUAAAGUGAAUCGAAAUAUUUUAUUCGCGACGGUUUUCGCUCCAUGGUAUUUAUCACGUCUCGACAAUAAUUUUGGAUCUUCAACUUUUCCCAUUGGAACAUUUUCUGCUAAUAUGUUGGGUACAUUAAUAUUGGGAUUAUUAUUCUUUCUUAGUAAUGGAAUAAUACAUUCUAAUCUUAAAUGUGAAAUUGUAACUGGAUUAAUGGAUGGUUUAUGUGGUUGUCUUACUACAAUUUCAACAUUCACAAUAUCAACGCUUAAUAGACGUCAUGCUUAUAUAUAUGCUACAAUUUCAAUAGUGGUGGGUCAAGUUAUUAUGAUAUUUACGGUAGGAAUAUAUCAUUGGUCAGUAGGUUUGACUAAGACUUGUUCAAGUUAA